CACGCAGACGAAUUCUGUCACGCUCGGGCUGCUUUUUGUUAUUGUUUGUGGGGGUCGUGAAGCAACGGAGCCUGAGCAGAAGAGACGCGACUGGCCAUCUCAGCUCGUGGUUGUGUCAUAAUUGUGUACAUUAAACGGUCCAGAUUGACAAGUGGAUGCCGUUACAGCCUCUGUUGAAAACAUUGCCCUGUGAUCCCGCCCCCUUGUGAAAACAAAGUGCCUUUGAGUUGUGAUACCAUGGAAACCACUGCACCGGUGGAGUUCCGUAACGUGGGCUGCAGCUACUUCCCUCAGAGCAGAGUGGACUGCCACUACACACUCAGCUCGUUGCACACCUGGGCCAGCAGUGACUGGAUUGGCCUCUUUAAGGUGGGAUGGUCGUCAGUGAAGGACUACCACACGUUUGUUUGGGCACCUGCCCCGGCCAACUAUGAAGAGCGAACAGAGGUCAACUGUUGUGUUCAAUUCCAGGCAUCUUACCUUCCCAACCCAAGUGCCCAAGAGUAUGAAUUUGUGUACAUUGACGCCAAAGGGGAGGUUUGCUCCCGAAGCUCUAAAUUUACAUUUUGCGCCCCGAAACCCCUGGAGGAUCUGGUGACUGUUGAGGAGGAGCCACAUGGGGAGGAAGAAGGCACAGAUAUUCUGCUCGUCGUACCUCGGACUGAACUACUGAAGAGCCGACUGCAAGAAUGUUUGCGAAAGCAGGCUGACCUGCUGCAGAUGCAAGAGGUAGCCAAUGAGCAAAAGGAGAAAGAGAGGGAAGACUUCAACAGAGAGAGGCUUGCCUGGAGAAGACUUCACCAAGAGCUUCAUUCCAGCAUUGGCAGGCUGCAUGAAGAACUGAAGAGGAGCCAGGAAAAAAAUGAGGAGAUGGCAAGACAGCACAAGGAGGAAAUAGCUUUGGGGGAAUGCCUUGCGCAAGAAAAAAAGGCUUUAUUGGAUGUGAGGGAGGCCAACAAAUUGCACAUUGAACAAUUGCAGAAGGACAUCAAAACUCUGACGCAGAGAGCUCUGGACCAAGAGACAGAGUUGGAAAGGAUAAAGGAAAGAGCGAAAAGGGCAGCGGCCCAGUGGAAAGCAGAGCAGAUUGACAGAAAGAUACUGCAGACCAAGCUGGAACAGACGGAAGGCGAUCUUCGAAGUUUGUCCAAGGAGUUCCAGGACCUGAGGAACUCGCUGGCCCAGAGGGACGCCAGUGUGCUGCAACUCCAGAACACCAUCAGCACCCUCACCCAGAAACUCACCGCAGCUCACAGGAAAGAGGCAUGGAGCGAGGCAAUGCUGAGGGAGAUGAGUAGCCUGCAGGAGCGUCUGGAUGUAAGUGAGCGCGCCGUGGAUGUCCUGAAGAAUGACCUCAGCGAAACGGUCGCCCAAAGAGAUUGUGGGCAGGCCGGGCUGCAUCAGGCCCGCCUUCAGGCUGCCCAGCUAACCCUACAGCUUGCAGAUUCCAGUCUGGCUCUCAGAGAGGGCAGAGCUCAAUGGGCCCAGCAAAAGCAAAGUCUGCAGCACAAGUCAGAGAAGGAGCACGAGCAUAUCGAGAACCUUACGGCCGAGAUGCAUACGAUUGAGGAAAAGCUCCAGGAGGAGAGGACGGAGAGGGUAAAGCUUGAGGUCGAGCUCGGUCGAGAAAAGGAUUGCAACAGGGUCCAACUGAGCGAAAUGCGCAGGGAGCUCCAGGAGCUGAAGGCCAGCCUGAGGGUUGCCCACAAGGAGAAGGAGCGCCUGUGUUUGGAGAAAAAAGACUUGAUGGACUACAUCUGUCAGUUGGAGCAAAAGAUGGGAACGGCAGCCAGUGCCAAGUGGAGCGCUCCCCCCGCCGCUUCCACAGGCUUCGAUGACGACGCCUCGUCAGACUUGUCCGACGCGUCGGAGGAUCGCGACCCGCGGGCCUUGCAGUCUUUCGCUGCAACCGCCCCUCUGGGAAACUACGGCCUGUGCGAGCAGGGACGGCCGAGCCUUUCGCUCUUUAGCACCCCUCCGCCAUCCUCGCUGGAGAUGGAGACGAGCGCCGUGGUGAUCAGCCAACCGGCUCCUAUCUCCUUGCCUCACGAGCCGCCUGGAGUCUCCUCUCUGGCACUCAGCUCAGAUUCGGAGGAGGAACCUGAUCCUCUUAAAUGUGGAAGAAGACACAGCUACGCAGAAGAAAGGGCACUGUUUCCUGAUCACAGGGACUUGUUCUAAAGCCCCGCCCGUUCCCACCAGUGAGCUGUCGACACGUCGCUAUGGUAACCAGCAGAGUGGACAUCCCAGAGGAGAAGCAGCUCCUUUGUGUUCUUCCAUUAUGUCUCCACAGACUCAAUGUUGAUAUGCAAUCUUCCUCGUUUCUUAGUUCUCCUUUGUUGUAUGUGUGUGUGUGUGUGGGCGGGGGUGGGAUUGGAGGU